AUGAACAUCGGAUUCAUCGGACUUGGCAACAUGGGCGGCGGCAUGGCGGCGAAUGUGCUGCGAGCCGGACAUGACCUGACAGUGCAUGACCUGCGACGUGAGGCGGCGACUCCGCUGCUGGAGAGCGGCGCGGCAUGGGCAGACACGCCCGCAGAACUCGCCGCUGCCUGCGACAUCGUGCUCACAUCGCUGCCGGGCCCGCGCGAGGUCGAAGCAAUCACGUUAGGCGAAGGUUCCGGCAGCAUCGCCAAGCUGAUGCACAACUGCAUCGGCUACGGCUUGCAGACCAUCGUAGCCGAAUGCCUCACGCUCGGCGUCAAGGCGGGCGUGGACCCGCAGCCGCUCUUCGAGGCAAUAUCCAACGGCUCGCACUGGAUACACUACGAUCCAUCAGCUGUGUUCAAUCUUCUAGUUGAGGCGAAAACUGCCGCAGCCGUCAUGCGGCAAAUGCCUUACUUGCACCAAUGGAUUGAGCAAGCUCACGAGGAACAACUGCGGCUGGAAGCAGCGGGAACUUCGCGCAUAGAAGGUGCAGAGUUCACGCCGCGCGAACAGGAAGAAGCACUAGCAUCGGAGUCUCCCCAACGUACUGGCCUUACGCACUCCCAGCGGCAGUUGAAUGUGCGCUGA